CAGAGGGACCAGGACCAGCCUCGGGAAGGAGAGCUUGUCGUGGACCCUCUUCUCCUCUCGUAUACAUAUCGUGACCUACGUAUUGUAUCAUUGUUCAGUGUGUAGUGUUAACCUUGAACGUAAUGCAAGGUUCACGAUUCAGUGUGAUAAUGAAAUAGGAUAAUAAACUCGACAAGUCAUCAUCGAUCUUUUGAUGAGAUUAUAUUGCUAGUGAUUGGUAGUUGCCUUCGAUAGAUAAAUAUAUCGUGAUAGAUACAUAUCGAACGUUGUCAUUGGUGGAUUAUAUCGAAGAAACCACCAAUUAUUGGUGGAGAAGAAGUUUGGAAAGAAUUGAGAAGACGCGGACGAUGAGCGUAGUGGUUCGGCCGGGAACUGCUCGGAGCACGUGCCUCGCACGCAGAAGGCGCUCCGAGCGGCACCAGGUGCGCUAAUCGAGGACCGAUUUGUGGGAACGAAAUUGUGACGGUGGUAUCGAUAAAUAGAACGUUUCAAGGCACGUACACGCGUUCACGCGUUCGUUCUUUUUAACGAAUUUCGGCGCAUCGGUCACGUGAUCUACGAUUACUUGGCGAAAGAAGGAAACCGGCAAGCAGGAAUGCCAGCAGCAGCUCGUGCCGUGAAUACUUCGAGGACGAUCUCGAUGAUCGCUUCGUUGACGACUCUUUUUUUUACGUUCAUCGGGAUUGACGGCAUGGGACAUGUCAAUGGACACAAUGUUGAGCGGAAUACUUUUCAUCAAGAUUCGAGCACAAUUUCGGGACCUGUGUUCAUCGCUCCAGUUGGAAAUCAAACGGCUGCUAUUGGUCGUGAAGUUGUUUUCUCUUGCAGUGUUCGUAAUAUCGGGAAAUACAAGGUUGGCUGGCUACGCGCCUCUGACCAGACGAUUCUCUCCGUCCACACGAGGACGGUGACGCACAAUGCGCGCAUCUCGGUCUCGUACGAAUCGAGCGGUUGUUCCGGAGCCGCGGGCGGAAGCGCGUUCGGGGUGACAGGAAGCAGCCAAGCCGCGGAGGAAGUGGUGAACGGCACGUGGCGGCUCCACAUUCGCCAGUUGAAGGAGUCGGACAGAGACUGUUACAUGUGUCAGAUUAACACCAGCCCUAUGAUAUCCGAGUUAGGGUGUUUGGACAUUCUUGUACCGCCAGAUAUCGUUUACGGAGGCGACACCAGCGCCGACUUGGCAGUUUCGGAAGGUGACAAUGCGACUCUAAGCUGUCGCGCGACUGGAAGGCCGACCCCAAGAGUGUCCUGGCGAAGGGAAGACGGAGAAGCCAUUCUCAUAAGGGCCUCUUCUGCCGGUGGCGGCAGUUUCGAGAAGCACGAGACGUACAACGGUUCGGUGCUGCAAUUCCAUCGUGUCGAGAGGCGACAAAUGGGGGCGUAUCUGUGCAUCGCCAGCAACGACGUGCCGCCCGCCGUUAGCAAGCGAGUGACACUCGCCGUGAAUUUUGCACCUGUCGUCAAAGCGCCUAAUCAGCUUCUGGGCGCACCUUUGAGCACGGACGUGCAGCUAGAAUGCUACGUCGAGGCAUUCCCAAACACAAUUAAUUACUGGGUAAAGAACCGGCGGGGCUUAGAGGACGAGAUGUUGCUCGAAGGACUCAAGUACCGUGUGAGGGAAGAACGAUCCGGAUACAAAGUUCUGAUGUGGUUGUUAAUCAAAGGAUUUACCGAGCAGGACGUAGGCAGUUACAAAUGUGUGUCGACCAACAGUCUUGGCAAAGCCGACGGCACUUUAAGGUUAUACGAAAUUAAGAUCGGUUUCGACAGAUCAUCACGAGGAAAGGAUCACGUAUCUAUAAUCGGCGGUUUAGCCGAAGCGGCGCAAAGUUCAGGCGCCGGUAACAGCUUUAAAGGAUUAUUUGGAUGUUGGAAAAAGUUAUCGCAUUAUUUAUCGAUGUGUCUGUUCAUAUCAGUGCUACUCUGGCCGCGGUGAAGAAGGCAUCCUCUGUUGAUCACUGCCAAACUGAGUGCCGGAUAACUUUGUGCCAAAAGACAAAAAAUAAAAGCAAGAAUGUGUGAAUGUGUGUGUUUGAGCAUAAUACAAAUCAAAGAAAGAGUAUUUGCAAUUCUAAAAAGAAAAAAAAUUCGAUUUGAAUGUGUGUAUGAGAGAGAGAGAGAGAGAGAGAGAGAGAGAGAGAGAGAGAGAGAGAGAGAGAGAGAGAGAGAGAGAGAGAAUGGCGAACCAAAGAAAGAAAAAAAAAUAAAAAUCGGAGGUUCGUAUUCUCUACACAUCUUCCUAUUUCCCCCUUUCCUACUUCCAAAUGUUGAAAACAUUUUUAGAUCAAUGGAUGUUGUCAAUGUAUGCGCCCAUUUAGAUUUGCAAAUUCAUUUUGCUAAAUGUCGAUUUACAAAAUCGAUGGAUCGAUGGAAAGACGCACCGCAAAAUAAAUAAUAUUAAAAAAAAAAUACAAGACUUGGAAACGCUGAAGCAGCUUGGCCCUUCCUAAUAAUGCUUUAAUGAGACGUUGAUAAUAAGUACAUUUCACAAUCAUCUUAUCAUUGGUAUCAGCGUUGCGGAUAUUUAGACGUCAGGAAAUUCGAUGUUUCGAAAUAAAAAUAUGCGAUCGAACGUUGUAUAUAUAUUGUUUACAAUUGCAUAUAACCUUAUAUCUCACUUCCUUUUCCUCAUUUUUUCAUAAUAAUUUUUAUAUAUUUUCGAAUAGAUACAUAUCUACCAUAUCACGAUGAAGGUAAAAUAGUUCUAUAGGAUCUUUAUCUUAAAGUUUUAUUUUGAAAAGAAAA